AUGUCUGUCGUCCGUACCAGACACGGGUCACUCAAUCUCCCCCGGUUCUCCUCGCCUCUUUCUCUCCCACCCAUCGCGGAGGAGGAGGAGCCACCUCCACACGUCCCUGUUCCAUAUAUCGUAACGGACCCUCGACGCUCGUUGGACCUUGGCACCGUCAACCCGAUCCUUCAUGGUCCAUUGCUCCAAACUCAUUCGAAGUCAUCCUCCUUCCCUUCCAAAUCACUCAGGAGGUCCCGUCCAUUCGUUCUGUCAGAGCUUCCUCCAUUGGAAGUCCGGAUCUCGAGUCUCCAGGAACUGAAGGAGUCCCGGAUCCAACUGGCGUCCUUCAUUGACUUUGGGGGGCCCGACUCUGAGGAGUCCGAGAGCGAAGAUGAAAUAUUCCCUACACCAGUGAUAACCUACCAUGCUCCUAUUUUUCGAAGCACCGCGAAGGACAGGCCACUUGUAGACUCCCCACCCCCAUUAGCAACGCCGGAACGACCAACAUGCGCUACUCGUCCAUCCCCACUCGCUGUUACACUUCCACCACCCAAGCCCCCCACCGACGUACGAACGAUCCUUGUCCAGAUGAAGGCCCAUUCACGAGCGGUCAGCGUCUCUCAAAGUCAAAACGGGGACUCGCGCGUCUCCAUUGGGGCAGACAAGUUUAAUUUCGCCGUUCCUCCGCCCACGAGGCCUCUACGAACGCAACCUAGACCGCGGAGACCGUCGACAAUUACUACAUCCUCGACUCGGCAGAGCUCUCCGUCAGUCGUUACCGACAGGACGACUGUAACCCGGUAUAGCGAUGCCAGUGGUGGCAGUGGUAACACGACGCUGGUUGGUGGACAGGGCGGUGAACGGUGGCGCGGGGAUGACGCGAUAGGAGGCGAGGGAGGAUAUCCUUACCUCCGCCUCCCCUUAUGGAAACCAUCAAACUCUGUUGCUGACUCCAUUCCCAGCGUUUCUCUUGUGUCUUCGACGAUUUUGGAGGAGCGCAGCUCGUUCCACAAGCUCUACCUCGACCUCGAGGGAGGUUAG